AUGUAUUAUAUAAAUAACUCUACUGUUACAACGACACCAGCGCCAACACAAACCCCAUACGACUCGAGAAGGUGUUACUGUGAUCCAGUAUUUCAAUUAGAAGAGGGAGAAGAAUGUAACCCUGAAGGAUGUUUAACAUUAUCAAUUAUAUUUUUAAUAUUAUAUUUAAUUCCAAUUGUAAUUUGUAUUUCUCGUUUCUAUGAAAUGAGAAAUAGAAAAGAUAGUGCAUGGUCAAUAGUUUCAUUAGUUUUCUUAUUUAUAACAAGUUUGAUUAGAAUAAUAAGAUCAAUAUUAUUAAUAGUUAAAUUUGAAAAUUAUUUAAUUAUGGGUCUUACAUUUGUUUUACCUUUAGGUAUUUUAAUUUGUUCAUAUUUCAAUACACUUUAUGUUUGGGUUAAAAUUAUACAUCACAUUAAUUUUUCGAAGAUGGUAUCAAGAGUAUUCCCAUUCUUAGGUAAAGUUUUAAUAGGUUCUCAAAUUGUUUUAAUGGUUUUAUUAAUUGCAACAUGUUUAGCUGGUUGGUCGUUUUAUGCAACAAAUACACUUUUAUUAGUUUUCUUGAUUUAUGGAGGUGUUGGAUGUAUUGUAUUUGUAAAAAUGAUUUGGCAAGAAUAUAGAGAUUUAUCAGAUAAAGAUUGUGGUGUAUUCAGUCAAACUAGUCAUGAAAGAAUUCAAAAAGUUUUAAAAUUAUCAUCAACUGCAAUCGUUAUAACAAUAUUAACAGUUGGUAUGGUAAUUUGGAGUUUUAAACUUGAAGGUAAAUUACCAAUGUCUCAAAUUUUAGCAUAUAAUUUUAUUGGUCGUUUCAUUGAAAUCGUUUGGAUUGGUGUAAUGUUAUUAGUAUUAGCACCAAAAUUGCAAUCAUGGGGUCAAAAUUCCUCUUCAAGAACAAAUAGAAACUCUAAUCUCGAUGAUUUAAGUGAUUCUUCAAUUGACAUUGAAUCAAAUGAUGAUUCUAGUAAAGAAAAAGAUUUAACCUCUUGUAAUAAUAGCUCAAAUUUAAAUAUUAAUACAAAUCAUAAUACUAGUUCAAGUCCAAAUGUAAAUAAUAAUUCAAAUCAAUCUUUAGAAGUUUCUGAAAAUUUAAAUAACAAAGAUGAUUUAAUAGGUGGUGCUGAUGUUUAA